CCAACAACUAAAAAACUAACAUUUUCUUAUCUCUUAUUUUUGUCAUUUACUAAAGAGUUUUAAGCUUUUUUGCAGUUUGUGUCAGCAGUUUUGCACAUCCGGUUUUCCUGUGAGAUCUUUUUGCUGGCUGAGAACGGCUGCAGGGCGUAAGUUGCUUUCAUCUAUGCGUUUAGGCUGUAACAUUACUUUUUUUAUGCGUGUAGGUGUGGUGAGCAGGGGGCAGGUUAUCUUUGGGAUACAUGCCAGUCCUCACGCAAUCGCAGCUGCAGGUACUGAACAAGCAUCAUGCUCUUCUUUUUCCUCCUGAUAUAUUACUUAUCAAGUCCAGCAUGCUCAGAGGUGCUGAGCCGUGACAGGAGAACUUGGAUCAUCGCCACUUUCGAGAUAGAAGAGGAAUCCCAGGGACCCUUCCCUUAUGAGCUGGGCACGGUAAAUGUUGAACGCAAAUAUCCAGUUUACUUUGAGCUGUAUGGUGAAGGAGUGGACGAGGAGCCGGAGGGAGUGCUCUCUAUCGACAGGAAGACCGGAACAAUAUAUGCCAACAAAGCCGUGGACUAUGAGGCGAGGACACGUCUCAAGCUAAGAUUUGAGGCCACAAAAUCGGACCUAUCAAUCGACACGAAGUUAGGAAUUGAGAUUACAAUCAACGACAUCAAUGACAACCCGCCACGCUUCGACAGAGAUUUGUAUGAAAUCCAAGUGAAUGAGGUCACCACUCAGGGUUCCCAUCUCCUGAGUGUUCAAGCUCAUGACAGAGACCAGAGGGGAUCUCCAAACUCAACUUUCCACUAUGAAAUCCUAUCAGUGACUCCAAAGACUUCAGAUACAGAGUUCUUUAUUUCUGAGCUUGGAGCGAUCUCAUUUAAAGGAUGCUUGAAUCGUGAUGUGUCUGAAAAGUUUACAAUCUUGGUGGAAGCCAAAGAUCAUGGUGAUGUCAUCAGUCUGUCCAGUUCAACAACAGUUGUGAUUCAUGUCCUGGAUGGGAACAACCACCUUCCCAUCAUCAGUGGUCAAACGGGACCAGGCAAGGUGAAGGAAAACGAGUCUGGGAAGUCUCCUCUGCGGCUCCAUGUGACAGAUGAGGACAGUGUGAACAGCAGCGCCUGGAGAGCCAGAUAUACCAUAGACGGCGAUUCGGCGGGUAACUUUCACAUAGAGACGGACCCAGAAACCAAUGAUGGAAUCCUGACAAUAUUGAAGCCUUUAGAUUUUGAAGAAGGACCGCAGAGAGAGGUACACAUCAUUGUGGAAAACCAGGAUCCAUAUUUCCACUGUAAAGUAGAGGAGAAGACACCCUCGGGUCUGUGGAAAGUUGACAUUGGUGAAACUCACGAUCAUGGCGGUGCUGCUUCCAUAAAAGCCAUCAUUGAGGUAGAGGAUACCAAUGACCCCCCAACUUUCAAAGUGGUGGUCAAAAGUGCCAUGCUGGAAGAGAACGUACCAGCUGGAACUUGGGUGGAGAGGAUGGUGGCUGUAGAUCCAGACUCCAUUCAUACAAGAGACUUUGUUUAUGAAAUUGGAAGUGAUCCUGCAGGCUGGCUUACAGUUGAUCCUCACACUGGGGACAUCACCACUAACAUGGUUCCAGACAGAGAAUCUCCUCAUGUCGUUGAUGGCAUUUACACCAUUGUCCUUCUUGCUGUUGAUGAUGAUACCCCACCUUUGACGGGCUCAGCUACGCUGCUCAUCCAUUUAGGUGACCAGAACGACAAUCCUCCUCAGCUAGAACUGAACCAUGUGGAUAUUUGCAUGUCUGACAUCCCCACAACCACCAACAUCACAGCUUUUGACCUGGAUGGAUAUCCCUUUGGAGGUCCUUUCAAGUUUGAACUGUUAGGGAAUGUCCAAGGAAAAUGGAAACUAGAUCCCACAUAUGGGUUGACAGCUGGUUUGGUGAAGGAAGCUGGAGUGUAUGCUGGGAAACACACCAUUGAUUUAAAGAUUUCUGACCUUCAGGAAGUUUCUGCCGUUUAUAACCUCAGCGUGACUGUGUGCGACUGCUUAGUGACCCCCAACUGCCGCAGCAAAAACUCCUCAACCAAAGCUGCAUUUGGCGCAGUGGGCAUCGCAUUGGCCUCGCUGCUUUUGUUUCUAAUUUUGCUGCUCAUGGCGUUCUUUUUCUCCUGCAAAGAAGAAUUCAUUUUUCACUUGGAUUAUCCCUGUGGAGAAACCCUCUUAGCAUCAAACACAGAGAGACCAGGAACAGAUUGCAAGAUGCCUGCAAACAUUGCGACAAUCCAGCACUGCAAAGCAGCUGUUGAGCAGAGUCAGCAAGAUGGGGGCCAAAACGUAUUUUCAGAAAAGGGUACAAGGCAAAGCCUCAACUCAGGACACUAUCGGAGUAACAGCCUGAGAAUCAUCUCACACCCAUCCAGGAACAAAUUUGACCAAAGCCGAAGGUCUUUAAGAGUUCCUCGCCACAAGUACCAGUUUGACGAGACUGGCACCAUGGGUUUCUCUUCAAAUAUAAACUACUUCACCAAUACAGGAACUUUAAGCUUCCUUCACAAGAAGAAGCCCAGCUUUAUGACGGAUGCAGCUCUCCACACCCUGCUCCAACGGAGGCUGUUUUCUCUCCAAGAAUCAGAUGAUUUGCUGGAUUAUGAGCCACGCGUCUACACAGAAGAGGGAGAUGCAAACACCCCAUCAGAGCUGGAAACCAUCAGCAUUCCUGAUGAAAACCCAACCUCUUUUCUGGAGAUGCUCAAUGACUUUGACCCCAGGUUUAAACAGCUAGUUUACAUCUGCAAGCCAGUAAAACAAUGAGUCUCCAUUGACAAGUAUUUUAAUAGAAAUAGCUACUUUUCUCCAUUUAGAUAUCAAAGGAUGAAAAGAAAAAAAAAUACACAAAGGUCCUUCAUGACCACCUGAAUUGUGGAAAUGAACAGAUCCACAAGCAAAAACAAAACAGAAAAAAAAGAAGUUGUUUGCUGAAUUGCAUGAAAGUCUACCUCACAUGCCUACAACAACCACUGACAGUUUUGCUUUUAGUGCAUAUCUACUUCAUUAAAAUAAACUACUCCCUCUUUUUCAUGCAAAGGAUGCAAAGAUUCAAGUUUCUUAAAUGCUAAUGAAAAAAAA